AUGUCAUCGAAUAAUAGAAAGAAGCUACUGCUUAUGGGUCGUUCUGGGUCGGGAAAGUCAUCUAUGCGGUCAAUUAUCUUCAGUAAUUAUUCGGCUUUUGACACACGUCGUCUGGGAGCCACUAUAGACGUAGAACAUUCACAUCGCCGUUUUCUGGGUAACAUGACGUUGAAUUUAUGGGACUGUGGUGGUCAAGAUGUGUUUAUGGAGAAUUAUUUUACUAAGCAAAAAGAUCACAUAUUUCAAAUGGUUCAAGUCUUGAUACAUGUGUUCGACGUUGAAUCACAAGAAGUCAUAAAAGAUAUAGAGAUUUUCACAAGAGCUUUGAAGCAACUUAAAAAUUACUCGCCAGAUGCCAAAAUUUUCGUUUUAUUACAUAAGAUGGAUUUAGUCCAAAUAGAUAAACGAGAAGAAUUAUUUCAUUUAAUGAUGAAAAAAUUGCAAGAAACUUCAGCGGAAUAUGGAUUUCCAAAUCUGGUUGGAUUUCCAACAUCGAUUUGGGAUGAAAGUCUCUACAAGGCGUGGUCAAGUAUUGUAUGCUCGUUGAUUCCUAAUAUGGCGAUACAUCAAGCCAAUUUGAAAAAAUUAAAAUCAGUGAUGAAUGCUUGUGAAAUAAUUCUGUUUGAAAGGAGUACAUUUCUAGUAAUAUGUUCAAGUAAUUCGUCGCAUGAUGAAGCACUCGAUCCUAAAAGAUUUGAGAAAAUAUCAAAUAUAAUGAAGAAUUUUAAGCAAAGUUGCACUAAAUUGAAAAGUGGAUUUAAGACACUUGUGAUCAACGAUAAUAUUUAUGUCAGUGAAUUAUCGUCAAAUAUGGUAUGUUUUGUUUCUUUGAACAAUUCCGAUGAAUGUCAACAAAUGGUGCUGGAAAAUAUUACCAAAGCCAAAGAAUUUUUCCAGUAA